AAAGCUGAGCAACCUUAAUUUUUCAAGUCUGGUGCUCCCUUCAGGGUUUAUUAUCGUCUUUUGGUCUCCUUUUCUCGCAAUUAACUAAAUUCCAUCUCCGGCUAUGCCGUCGGCGAUCAACGGGCGACGUUAGCUAUCGACAUGGCUUUACCCGGCAUUGGGACCGUUACCAAAACCUCCUUCCCUCCCCUCCCACCUCUUUCCUUCUGUCCUCUCCAUCGGAGCUCCUUCGCCGCCUACGAGGCUCUAGCGAAGCCAGACUUCCUCUCCGACAAUGGGCAUCGAGAUCAAGCUUCCUCAUCGCCUUCCACCUCUCCUUCUAAUGUGAAAGGAACCGAGUGCAUCAGAAGGUCGCUAUGGAAGAAAAUGAGUUCGAAGGAGCUUGGGAUUAAAAAAUCAAUGAUAUCAAAGCAGACGAGAUCCGUUCUAAGUGAGCUAAGGAGGAGAGGGUAUGAUGUCUACUUAGUCGGAGGCUGUGUUCGGGACCUUAUCAUGAGAAGGGUUCCUAAAGACUUUGAUAUCAUAACCACUGCGAAUCUUUCAGAGGUUAAGAAAGCCUUUUCAAGGUGUGACAUUGUAGGAAAGCGGUUUCCCAUUUGUCAUGUUCAUAUCAAUGAUUAUAUUGUUGAGGUUUCAAGUUUUAGCACCUCAGGAAAAAAUUCAAGCAAUCAUGUUAGAUAUAUUUCCCAAAGGCCUCCCGAUUGUGAUGAAUUGGACUGCAUGCGCUGGAGAAAUUGCCUUGGACGUGAUUUUACAAUUAAUGGAUUGAUGUUUAAUCCAUAUACUCGGUUAGUUUAUGACUAUAUGGGAGGCAUGGAAGACAUUAAAAAGGCUAAAGUUCGAACUGUAAUUCCUGCUCAGACAUCUUUCCGAGAGGAUUGUGCUCGAAUUCUACGGGCAAUCAGAAUUGCUGCUCGUCUUGAUUUUCGCUUUAAUCGAGAAACGGCUCAGUGUAUAAAAGAUUUCGCAUCAUCGGUAGUAAGACUCGACAAGGGAAGAAUUCUUAUGGAAAUGAACUAUAUGCUUGCGUAUGGGUCUGCUGAGGCCUCUAUGAGGCUGCUUUGGAAAUUUGGACUACUGGAACUUCUAUUACCCAUCCAGGCUGCUUAUUUUGUAUCGAAAGGGUUUCGGAGGCGUGACAGCGGAACUAAUAUGCUCCUGGUUUUACUCUCAAAUCUGGAUAGAUUUCUUGCACCAGAUAGGCCGUGCCAUAGUAGUUUAUGGGUUGCAAUAUUAGCAUUUCAUGAGGCACUCUCUCGUGUUCCUCGGGAUCCUUUGGUGGUGGCAACUUUCAGUCUGGCUGUUCAUAAUGGUGGAGAUAUUCUAAAAGCCAUCAAUAUUUCCAGGGGGAUUAAGAGUUCUUACAAUCAAAACUUCUCAGAAAUAUUGGAGCUCCUUAUAUGGGACGAAGAUGAGAGGUUGAUGAAUGAGGUUUUAGACUUCGCUGGAUCAGUGAUUUCUGCAUUAGGAUCAAUGACUGAUGAAUAUUUUAUUUCGCGAAGUAUGGCACAAUACCCUCAGGCUCCAUUUUCUGAUCUGGUAUUCAUUCCCCUACAACUUUAUUUGAGAGUUUGUCGGAUUUUUGAGUGCAUUACAAGCAGAGAUUCAGAAGGAGGCUUUGUUCCAAAACAAGGAAGUAAAAUUAAUUAUCAUAGUUUGGCCCAUGGUGGUUUGUCUGAGCUCCGUCAUGUCUUCGCCCGCAUUGUUUUCGAUACAGUUUAUCCCCCAAAUGCCGAAGAACUAGACACGAAAAGCUCCUCUUGUUCUGGUAGCUGACAACAACGACAAUGAAUCAAGCUCGAGCUCGAACUCGAUUAAUCAGUCAAGCUCAAGCUCAUGCUCGGCCCGACUGGUUUACACACCUUGCCUGGCUAUGACCCUUCGAUCUCUAAUUGUGUCGUUUUUGCGGCGUUGGGUUAAGAAAUUUGACACCACCUUGUCUAAACGAGGAUUUUACUAAUCUUUGUCAUUUCAUUUAGUGUCAGAUGAAGAGAAGAAGAAGAGUGUGUUGCUGAAGCAGGUUGACCUCAUAUUUCUUCUCUGAACGGCAUUGCACUUCUUGAAGGCCAAGUUAAAAGUACAGGUACAAAUGUAUGAUUGUAUACCUUAGAGAUUGAAGAAGAUGAAGAUUGAAGAAUUUUACUAUGUUUUUUUCCUUAAAAAAAAUUGUUUUGGUGAUGUUAAGUAUGUCAUUAUUUGUUUUGUAGUUUUUUUAUUCUAAAUUUGUAUUUUGUUUAAAUUAGUGGUUAUAAAAUUGUG